CAGAAAAACCUGCCUGAUUUCCACUAAGGACCUUGUCUGCUCUUGCUGUCCUUGAAGUAAGCCGUUUAUUCCGUAACACCAUGGACUGUGCUUGAAUGGAUGGGACUUGGAACUGUGCCUGUUUUCACAGAGAAGUGCAGAGCAAUAACAGACGAGAUGACAAAGAAAUUAAAGGAAGUAAACCCCCUAUACAUGCUGCCUCCGAGCCGCUCUCUUAUUACUGCUCACUUCCUGAAAGGAGACUUUUUAGCAAAGCCUCUAGCUCCAGCGCUGCCUGGGUCUGACAGAAGAAGGUUAUUGAGGAAGGCGACAUAAACCCUCAGCCUGGAAACUUUCUGACACGCGCAGGACUGAGGGGGAGAGAGAAGCUUUUGGCUGCUGCUGGGAAAAAGAAAAAAAAAAAAGAAGCUCAAGGAAUUAAAAGGGGAAAAAGAAGAAAGAAGGGAAAACACUAGAAAAGGGGCAAUGCCACCGAGAGCCUGUGGUUCGAAUUAGCCCAUGCUGACCCCGCUGCGCUGGCCCGGGCACAGCACACGGCAAAGACACCGUCGGCCUCGCUGCUUUGGGGAGACCACGGAGCGGCUGAGGAUGCCUGCGGAGGGACCGAGGACUCCUGUCUCUACAUAAGCAGUGGCCGAGGGAGAGACAUGUUGGGACAGCGCCCUUUCAGCUGGCACAAUACUCCCUGCACUGAGACAAGCAUCGCUAACCAUGGCAAUAGCUUGGAGGCUUCUCACAUGGACUGUCAUCUUCACUGCGGCUGUGUGCAACUUUCCUGGUUACACGUUCCAGUCACAAGAAGAGUUCCUCUCCAGCCUCGAUCACUAUGAAAUUGCGUUCCCCAUCCAAGUGGACCAAAACGGGGACUUCCUCACCUUUGACGUGAGAAGCCAGCUGAAGCCACGUCCUCGGCGCAGUCUGGGCUCCUUGCCCUACGAGCCAUCUGAGCAGCAGGUUUUCUACAAAGUCUCUGCCCACCGAACCCAGUUCCUCCUCAACCUGACACUGCACUCCAACCUGCUGGCUGAGCACUUCACUGUCGAAUACUGGAAGCGAGAUGGCGUGGACUGGCAACACGAUUUCCACGAAGACUGCCACUACGCAGGCCACUUGCAGGAUCAGUACCUGAAUUCAAAGGUCGCCAUCAGCAACUGCAAUGGACUGCAUGGGGUGAUCGUCGCAGAUGAGGAGGAAUAUUUCAUUGAACCGCUGAGCCCAGGAGCCAAUGUCAGCACAGGGAGCGAGGGCAAGGGCAGCCCCCACGUCGUGUACAAGCGAUCAUCUCUCCAAUACCCACACAUGGAUGCAGCCUGCGGUGUGCUAGAUGAGAAGCCCUGGAAAGGGAGACACUGGUGGCUGCGGACGCUGAAGCCCUCCCCUCUGAAGCCGUCAGGCAACCACAGCCAGCGAGGCCAGCUGCCCCUGAAGAGAUCCGUCAGCACGGAGCGCUACGUGGAGACCCUGGUGGUGGCUGACAAAAUGAUGGUGGGGUACCACGGGCGGCGGGACAUAGAGCAGUACAUCCUGGCCAUCAUGAAUAUUGUUGCCAAACUUUUCCAGGACUCGAGUCUGGGCAAUAUUGUCAAUAUCCUGGUGACCCGGCUGAUUCUCCUCACUGAAGAUCAGCCCACACUGGAGAUUAACCACCACGCUGGGAAAUCCCUGGACAGCUUCUGCAAGUGGCAGAAAUCCAUUGUGAACAGGAACGGCAAUGGGAAUGCUAUCCCCGAGAAUGGCAUAGCCAACCACGACACUGCAGUGCUGAUCACCAGAUACGACAUUUGCAUCUACAAGAAUAAACCCUGUGGCACCCUGGGCCUGGCCCCCGUCGGCGGGAUGUGCGAACGAGAACGAAGCUGUAGCAUCAAUGAGGACAUUGGCCUGGCCACAGCCUUCACCAUUGCCCACGAGAUCGGCCAUACGUUUGGCAUGAAUCAUGAUGGGGUCGGCAACAGCUGUGGCUCCCGUGGGCAAGAAACGGCCAAGCUCAUGGCUGCUCACAUCACCAUGAAGACCAACCCAUUUGUAUGGUCCACAUGCAGCAGGGAUUACAUCACCAGCUUCCUGGACUCCGGGAUGGGAUUAUGCCUGAACAACGCUCCUCCCAAGCAAGACUUUAUCUACCCUACGGUGGCUCCAGGACAGGCCUACGAUGCAGACGAGCAAUGCCGUUUCCAGUACGGAGUUAAAUCUCGCCAGUGUAAAUACGGGGAAGUCUGCAGUGAGUUAUGGUGUCUGAGUAAAAGCAACCGCUGCAUAACCAACAGCAUCCCUGCUGCUGAGGGGACGAUAUGCCAAACCAACACCAUUGAAAAGGGGUGGUGCUACAAGAGGGAGUGUGUGCCUUUCGGCACCCGACCGGAGGGCGUGGAUGGUGCCUGGGGAGCCUGGUCGUCCUGGGGAGAGUGCAGCAGGACAUGCGGUGGAGGCGUAUCAUCAUCCAUUCGCCAUUGCGACAGCCCGCGGCCCACGAUCGGAGGAAAGUACUGCCUGGGAGAGCGGAAGCGGUACCGGUCCUGCAACACCGACGACUGCCCGCCCGGCUCCCAGGACUUCCGAGAGCUGCAGUGUGCUGAAUUCGAUAACGUCCCCUUCCGAGGGAAGUACUACACCUGGAAGACGUAUCGUGGAGGGGGUGUGAAAGCCUGUUCCCUCAACUGCCUGGCCGAGGGUUUCAACUUCUACACAGAACGAGCUGCAGCCGUCGUGGACGGGACACCGUGCCGGCAGGACUCCAACGACAUCUGCGUCAAUGGGGAGUGCAAGCAUGUGGGCUGCGACCGUGUCCUAGGCUCUGACUCAAAGGAGGACAAGUGUCGCGUGUGUGGGGGAGACGGCAGCUCCUGUGAGACCGUUGAGGGCGUCUUCAACCAGUCCCUGCCGGAGGGAGGUUACGAGGAGGUGAUCCAGAUUCCCAAGGGCUCCGUCCACAUCGACAUCCGGGAGCUGAACCUCUCCAUCAACUACCUAGCGCUGAGAGGGGAGAGCGGCGUGUAUUACAUCAACGGGAAGCUUUCCAUCGACCCCCCGCGGCGCUUUGACAUCGCAGGCACAACGUUCCACUACAGGAGAUCCCCAGAGGAGCCUGAGUCGCUGGAGGCCUUGGGACCCACCAACAUCACCCUCUUUGUCAUGGUCCUUGUGCGGACAGAGCUGCAGGGGAUCCGGUACAAGUUCAACGCACCCAUCGGCAGGGAUGCCUCAAACCAGUUUUCCUGGCACUACACCCCGUGGACCAAAUGCUCGGUGCUGUGUGCAGGAGGCAGCCAGAUCCAAUCUGUGGUAUGCAAGAAACUUUCCGAUGGCUCAACUGUCUUCAACCAUUUCUGUAGCCCUGAAACCAAAAUGCCAGAGCGGCAGAGGCCGUGCAAUACCGAACCGUGCCCCCCGGCCUGGGUGAUUGGGAACUGGUCUGAAUGCAGCCGAAGUUGCAACGAAGGCGUCCGCACACGCAGCGUCUUCUGCAAGCGAAAGAUCUCUGCCACCGAGGAGAAGACCUUGGAUGAUGCUUCUUGCACCCAUCCACGGCCAAAGAUGCUUGAGCCUUGCAAUAACCAGACGUGCCCUCCAGAGUGGGUCGCCCUGGACUGGUCUGAGUGCACCCCAAGCUGCGGGCCAGGUUUCCGCCACCGCAUUGUCCUCUGCAAGAGCGGUGACCACAGCGCAACUCUGCCCACCUCCCAGUGCUACGAAGGCUCCAAGCCCCCGACCAGCAUGAGGUGCAACCUGCGGCGCUGCCCACCGCCGCGCUGGGUGACUGGCGAGUGGGGAGAGUGCUCUGCGCAGUGUGGCCUUGGCCAGCAAAGAAGAUCCGUCCAGUGCCUGGCUCACACCGGGCAGCCGUCCAGCGACUGCGUGGAGACCCUGCAGCCGCCCGGCAUGCAGCAGUGCGAGACCAAGUGUGAAUCAGGACCUACGGACAACCCUGAAGAGUGCAAGGAUGUGAACAAGGUGGCCUACUGCCCGCUCGUCCUGAAGUUCAAGUUCUGCAGCCGGACCUACUUCCGACAGAUGUGCUGUAAAACAUGCCAGGGGCACUAGGGACACAGCGUGACCCCCGUGGGAAAACUGGAAGGCAAAAGCUACGCCGGAGGGCCGCCGAGCCAUGCCCUUCCUCUCCGCCCCGAGAAUCUCCCCUGGGUCCAACACAGACACUGGUCGUGCUUCCAGUGGGAGCCGGCGUCACCCAAACCCGUCCCCCAAAGACAUGCACCCUUUGCCCCCGAGCUUCACAAUGGCAGGUUCCCAGUUAAACCACUGCCCGCCGCUGCAGACACCGCCACGGCCCAGUGCGACAGGAGCCGGUCGAUGAGCGGUGGGAGAGGGAGAAGCUGGGCAGGGCGCGGCAGCAGGGACAUUACUUGAAAUUCUGACAUUUUUAUUUAUUAGUAGCGGACCCAGGUCCUGCAGGCGCUGAGACAGCCACCGAAGCGGCACCACUUGCCCCGCUCCUGCCUCGUCCUGUUCCGCGCCCGUGUCCCCAGGGCAUCGCGGGGCAUCGUGGUCCACAGUGGGGCCUCCCCGGGGAGGCUGAGCGCACCAGGGGCUGCUGCCCUUCCCUCGGGGAUCCCAGGGGAGACAGGGAGGAGGUUUCAGGUGCCAGGGGUGACAAGCGUGGCUUGUGGCUUCUGGGCGAUGGACGAAGAUGAGCUGCUGUGGGGAGUGGGCUUGGAGCAAGAAUAUUGUUCUCCUGGUUUGCAUCCUGUCACCUCAGGACAUGCAGCAGGGGACAGAGAGCAGGUCACUCAGUGAGCAGAGCAGUGACACCAGUUUAACUGGGAGAGGGGGUUAUUCAAACUCUCUUAACAACCUACUUUGAUUGGGGUGUCCCUCUAUUUUUCUUUAAAGCCCUUGUCACUGUUAUGGCCAUUUUUUAUUCCAGAAACACCUCGAAGCACGAGCUGAGGUCAGGGCCGAGGCCUGCUCGGGGUUGCAGCCACUUAACGGGCGUGAAGGACAUGCCAGGCUGCAGGAAGCAAAGCAAAGGCGGAUGGAUGCAGGAUGAGAACUGUCUUGGUCACAGUGUCCCCAUUGCCGAGCCGUGACUCGGGACCAGUCUGCCUGGUCCUGGCAGGGCCCUCCCCAGCGAAUGCCACGGCCUCCGUAGCUGCUUUGCCUCCAAAGGUGCUUUCCUUCCAAAGGUGCUUUGCCUCCAAAAGGUGCUUUGCCUCCAAAGGCAGCCUCGCUACAUGCCGCUGUGGCCUCAGGGUGCCGGUCCCAGUGCCACCCGCUCCUCUGCCCCCAGGAGACCUCCAGUGAUGGGAGAAGAGCAGGCUUGAAAUUGCCCUGGGUCACCUCCUGGCCAAAUCUGGGUCGCCAUACGUCUUCUCCGUGGGCCACCGCAGCCUGCACAGGAGACCUGAAUUUCCAAUCUACAAAGCAUGUGCUCUUUGUUAUCGUCGUUGUUGUUGUUAUUUUCAGGCCUUUCUGCAUCACAAAGGUGGGAAAUCUUGUCCAAAGCCAUGUUCUGUUCCCCUUGGGGGUCAUCCGUCGGGUGCAGGGAGGCGGACAGCCCCUUUUCCCCACAGCAAACCUCUCCACCCUGCCAGCCUUCAUGUGUUACUCUACCAUCUGUAUUUUUACCCGCUCAUCAGCCGAUCGCAGCUUCUCUGGUGCUCAGCAAAUCCCGUUUGGCUGUCGAGCGGGCAUUCAUUUGUCUUCCUUCCUGGUGCCAUGCUCCGUUCUGAUAUUUUGGGAGGGGAGGGGGUGUUUUCACCUUUUUAUAUAGAUAUAUAUAGAAUGAAAAAUGUUUAACAUACUAACUCUGAGGAGGAGCGACGUAACGGCAUGAUUUAUAAUAAAGGAGUAGCUACAAUCCCA